UCAACUAAUAUCCACCCUCUAUUUCACUAUCCAACGGCUCACAUCACUCCCCCAAGGUUAAUGGCCAACUCAUAUUUUUUUGGUCUUUAAUGGUUAACUCAUUUCUCCUUUCCCCACUGUGGUUUUAACCAUAAACCCUAGCCAAAACUCUCUCUCUCUCCCCUCUCAGCGCGCGCUCUUUCCCGCUCUCUCUUUCUCUCUCUACUUCGAUCCGUUUCUCUCUCUCUCUCUCUUCGCAGAUCUCGCUCAUCGGGAUUCAUUUCUUGAUUUUAAUCCCAUCUAUGUCGUGAUUCUUCGCCUUCGCUUUCUUUGACGUUCUUUUUCUUUUUCUUUUUCUCCCUUUUUUACCCUUUAUCGGUAUCUGUAACGUUGUUGUUUUUUAUAUAUCAGGCGCGAUUGUUGUUUCCAAUUUUUUUUUUUGUACCAAUUUUCUUGGUCUUUGGCUUUCUCUUCCGUUGUAAUUUUGCGGUUAUUCUGUUCUGGCUUUGAGGUUGUCAAACUUCUGGAAUAACCAGGUUGAUGUUAAGGUUGUUGUUGUUAUUAUUCUGUUUGUCUCUCUGAAUUUUUUUUUUAUUCUCGUUUUUUGGGGUUCAUUUUUGGUCAUUUUCAGUUGAUUUAUGAGACAUUUGGGUGCUAAAGAUUCAGCGUCUUGGUUUUCUUCUUCUUUUUUCUCGGGUCCAAGUUUUUUGGUAAUUUUGACUCGUUGCCGAGUUGACUCAAAACUCGGAGUUUUAAGACGGUGACUCAGUGAGUUGGUUGGGAAGAUCGGUUCUCGGGUAGUGUCGUUUGGCGACCGAACGGCAAUGCCGUCGGUUGGGAUGAGGCGGACGACGAGGGUGUUCGGGGUGGUGAAGGGCGCCGACUCCGCCCGCGUGUUGCGGUCGGGGCGGCGGUUGUGGCCGGAUUCCGGCGAGGGAAAGAUGAGGAGAGUGAACGAAGGAGACGAGUGGGUGAAGAAGCCAGAGAAGAAUGCGAAUGCGAAAACGAAGCAUGAGAUUGUUGUGGUGGAUGAUGAUGCUAAUGAAGAUUAUGCUGGUGUUAUGGAGUUGGAGAAGCAGGGUCCCCAAAAGGCUCACUCCUCGUGUAAAGUGAAUGUCCCUGAUAGAUUUUUUGGUAUUGUGUAUAGCAGAAAGAGGAAGAGAAUGAGUGCUGCAAGUUCUGAACUUGCAACUGAUGAUAAUAAGAUGUUUGGGUUGCAGUUUACUCGGCGACAAUGGAGGAAGAAUCGAUCUGUGCUUUCAAUUGUCGUGAAACACUCUCGUAGGGACAGUGAUUUGUUUUCCUCUUUCUUGUUUCUGGUGUUGAGGCACGUUACAAGGUUCAGGCUCACACUGAAGGAGCUCUCUGCAUUCUUUCUAUCUGAGCCGAUAUGUGGAGCUUACGCAUCACGGGGGAUACAGUUCUUGCAGGGUUCUCUUACUUCCAACAUUGGGAUUUGCCAGUUCUCUGGGAUCACACGGUUCAUGCCGUUGUUCUGUGUGGAUUUUUCUGCUGUUCCUCUUUGUUUUAAGUGUCUGCAUUCUGAGAUACUUUUAAAAUCUAUGUUGAAGUCAUUUUUACUGGUAUACAAUCCGUUGAAUGUGUCUAGUGAUGUUGAGGAGGAAAUUGAUUUCCCAGAAUUCCAAAUGGACACUCAGAUUUCAUGCAAUUCCUUCACGCGAGAAGCUUCUGAGAGUGGAGUCAACACCCCUGAUGUUAUUGAAAUCAAUGAUGGUUUAUCUUUACGUGCAUCUGUCAAGUGUUCUAGGUUGGCUAGUCGAUAUGGCCAAUAUAGAAACGUGAACUCUAAAUGCAUUCGGAGGAGGAGGACUUCACUCAGGAAAAGGAAAGCUCGAAAUCCUUCAAUGAUGGACAGAAGUAAUGGAGUAUUAGCUUCUGAUUUAAAGAAUGGACGGAAAAAAAGUAUUGUUGGUGUUGCAUCUAAUAUGAAACUUAGAAGUUUGGCUAACAGUUGCACCACCGUAAGCCUUUCAGAAGCAAAAUCUACCAUGGUAGAUUCAACAGAAGGGCUGCAUUCAUCUCACUGUUCUACAAAUAUAUUGAUUACAGAGUCAGACAGAUGUUAUAGAGUAGAAGGAGCAGUUAUCACUUUAGAAGAAAUGCCUGCCUCAAGAGGGUGGCUUCUGGUAGCAAAGAAAGACGGAUUGACAAGAUGCACUCUCAAGGCAGAAAAAGUGAUGAGACCCCAUUCUUCCAAUCGGUACACCCAUGGGAGAAUCUUCUCAUUGGACAAUGGGUUGAAGCUAGAGUUUGCUAGUUAUCAGGACUGGAUUGUCUUUAAAGACCUUUAUAAAGAGUGCUCUGAUCGUAAUGUCCCAGCACCUGUUGCUAAAGUUAUCCCUGUACCAGGUGUCCGUGAUGUCUCUGGUUAUGCAGACAGUUAUGAUGUUCCCUUCCACAGACCAGAUGCUUAUAUAUCUGCAAAUGGUAAUGAGUUAUCUAGAGCAAUGACAAGGAAGACUGCAAAUUAUGACUUGGAUUCUGAAGAUGAAGAAUGGCUGAGCACGUUUAAUAAGGAGUUUCAAGAAUAUGUUUCAGAGGAUAAUUUUGAGUUGAUAGUUGAUGCUUUGGAGAAGGCUUAUUAUUGUAAUCCUGAUGACUGUUAUGAUGAAAAAUCUGUGUCUAAUUGGUGUCAGGAUCUUGGUAGCAAAGAAGUUGUAGAAGCUGUAUAUAGUUAUUGGAUGAGAAAACGGAAACAAAAGCGUUCAUCCCUGCUUAGGGUUUUCCAGAGUCAUCAAUCAAAGAGAGCUCCACUUAUUCCUAAGCCUUUGCUGCGAAAGAAGAGGUCAUUUAAGAGACAGCCUAGUCAUUUUGGUCGAGGCAAACAUCCAAAUGUUUUGCAAGCAAUUGCAGCUAAACAAGAUGCUUUGGAGGAGAAGAAUUCCGUGCUUAAGAUUGAAGCAGCUAAAGCAUCUGCGGAUGAAUCCAAAGAAUUUGCAAUUCAAAAACGCAAAAGAGCUCAGUUUCUUAUGGAGAAUGCAGAUUUGGCAAUCUAUAAGGCCACAAUGUUAGUUAGAAUGGCCGAAGCAGCUCAGGCUGGAGAAUCGGUAGAUGCCUUGGCAGGACAUUUUCUUGAUUGAGAUUGGUAGAGAAAUUCCUUAUGCUAAUUAUAAUUAUAACACCUAAUUUUUAUUACAGAAAGGGUUAUAGUUGCCGCUCUCUCUCUCUCUCUUUUCUUUUUAAUUGUAAUUUUGUAUAUAUAUCUUUUAUUUGUAUGUACAUCUUGCCUUAAAAUAAUGACCUCACAUCAAUUUCUUGUACAAGUAGAUUAGUUGUUUAACUCGGAGGAGAGUAUAUU